AUUUGUUUUAAAAUCUAAGAUGCAAAUAAAGUAUACCCAUGCUAGAUAGUGCGAGGUUAAAUGAUUGUAGAACAGUACCAAUAAUGCUAGUCGAGAUUAAAUGAACACGAAAUUCUUAAGAAGAUAAGCCACGAUAAAUUAAAUAUCAUCUUCAUGUUUAUGACAUAGCCAACAUGGUUACCUUAAAGGAUAUUACCGUGGAACUUACAAAGCCUGUAAAGAAUUUGGUAGAUUGGAAUUAUCCCUUCUCAGAAACUCUAGAGAUGUAUUAUUCCUUAUUUAAUGCCAAAUGCAACAAAAGUUUUGGGGAAGCUGGACUAGUUUUGCAAAAUUCUACAGCUGUAUAUGUACACAGAAUUGAUUGUCUUUGGAGUAAAAUAACAUGUAUUAGAAAUAUAUUUGUGGAUCAUCAGUUCGUUGAAACCACUGACAAACAAUCUAGGAAAAGAGACAAAAAGUCUGUCAUAAAUUUUGAAAACUUUAAAACAAUCAAAUUUAAUGAAGAAGUAGACAAGAACAUCAACAUUAAGACAAACAUAAUGCAAAAUAGUGUUAAGUCAAAAAGCCGUUAUUUCACACAGUUGGAAAAAGGUAUCGAACAAUGUAUUCCCAUUGAUAUUUAUGACAUAAAUGGAGAAGUUAUUGGGAAGAAGUAUGACUUUCGGUGUAAUCAGAAUAUAAGUAUGAAUGGCAUAUUAGUUGAUGAAUUUGCAUCCAAAGAUUUUGAUCGAGACAGUGAUGAACCUGUUCAAGAAGACGAUUUGUCGCUAAAUCCAAAUUGUUCACAAAUCACUGAGACAAUGGCAUGUUCAUCCAGUGCUAUUGCUCACGAUGAUAGCGACGGAAAUAUAAGUAAUAAUUCAGAAUCCGAGAUGGACAACAGUGAUUUGCCUGCAGAGACGUCCGAUUUAAUCAUGUCUUUCGAUUCGAACAAAAGUCUGUUUUUAUCUAGUGGCAUCGAUACCGCGAAUGAAAGCCCGUGUACGCCACUCGGUGACACGAGUUUGCCAAACACUACUGUUGAUAGCGCUCGAUUAUCAAAUAGUAAUUUGGAUGCUGAAGAUACGAGUGAUAAUAUCGGAACAAAUGUGCAUGAUGGCAACGAUCUACCGGAUAGUUCAGCCAAGUCGUUAAAUCCGACAGAAAGUACCCCGCCGACGGAUCCCCCGAGCGACUCAGUGUCGUCGGAUAAGACGAGCGACAAAAAAGCGGCGCAAACGAAAUCGCCCAAGACUCGCACGCAAUACAAACCAUCAGCCAAGAAGUCGAAGUCCGCAUCAAAGACCCGUAAGGCAAAAGUGAUUGUCAAGACUCCGAAGAAAAAGGGACACGCAGUGAAGAAUCUACUGAAUGAAUUCCAAAAAACGAAUCCAUCAGAAGAGAACAUCUUGGAAGAAUCGACGGUACAGGAAACAGACAGACUAAGCAUGUUCCAGAAGGACCUAAGUACCUGCAUGAAAUACAUACGGGAGUACGAUCCUCUGCAGUACGAUCAUAUAACGAACUCGACGUUAGACUUCUUAGGCUUCCAAGUGCACGUUGUCGAGUCGAACAUCAUCGCAUGCAACGAUGCGAACGAUAACGCAGCCUUGGCCGACGACGAGAUGUCUGAAUGUCACAGCCCUGUUCUUGCGUCUCCGAUGCACGAGAGUUCCGGCGACGACUGGUACAGAUCAGACUCGCCGAAUUUGCUGCCGGAGAACAUCGAGAAGUGGCACGAGUUGCUGCAGCCGAGGUUGCUCGAGGCCGAGCAGAGGUCGACGUUUCGCAUUAGCGACUACACGUCGCAAAUCAUGGAGCAUCUGCGAAACAGCAGUGAGUCGAAGGUCACUUUCGACAAAGUCAUUCCAAAGGAGAAAACCAGCGAAGUGACAAGAUAUUUCUUGGCGUCGUUAGACUUGGCUGCGCGACAAAACGUGGAUCUAACAAUGGAUGAAGAUCUCGAACUCAAUAUACAGUUGAUUGUGCAAGAAGAUAGACCUAAGAAGGCGACUAUCAGACAGAUUAUUGUGAUUAAUGAAUAAAUAUAUUUUAAUGUUAAAAUUUAAUGUUAAGAUUUUUGUAUAUAUGUAUGAUAUGUUGAUCAUAUCGGGAACAAAGAAUGUUUUACUGUCCUGUGAUAUGUAUACUAAUAUAAGCGUAUUCAUCCAACAAA